AUGACUGCGUGGAGAUGUAUGAUCUGUUUCGUCUUUGUUGCUUUAAGUCUGAAAGUGCUCCUUAGCCACAUAAAUGCAAUUCAUGGUCGUAGUCCGGAUUUUUGGGUUUACUGUGGAAUUGAUGGUUGUGAACAAGACUUCAGAGUUUUCAACUCAUUCUUUCGCCACAUUAAACGGACGCAUCCUCUGUAUUUGACAACUGGAUGCCCACCAGGUGGGUGGAGAACGACACCCACAGCACAUUCACGGGGUUUGGAAAAUUUUGGUGUAUCAAUUUUUUCCAACUGUAGCACUCCUGCAACGACCAGCACUGUGGAAAUAUCGCCUGAUGCCUCUCGAAUUGAAACACAGCAGCCUGAUGGCAGCCCUGUCCCAGAAGAAGCUAUUUCAGUAACAUCCACAGCCAGACCUGAUAUUGGCAGAUCUGCAGCUGCUUUUGCAAUCAGUGUCCGGGAACAGUGCCACUUGUCCCAGAGAACGGUCAACAAUGUAAUCUCAGGGGUGCAACAGUACCAAGCAGUUCUCCUGGAUACGCUGAGGGAGGGAAUGAGAAGGGUGUUUGAAGAGCAUCCCGAGACAACCACUCAGCUUCAAGAUGAGGUUUUGGCUACAUUUGAUAAAUUCAUAGACCCUUUCUCCACCACUGCAUAUGGACAGAAUAGAACUAUUCGGGAGCUAUUCAAUCCAGUGAACCCAAUAGAAGAAGUAGUGUCCCAGAAGAUUUGUUGGUGUUUGGACUGA